UGAGCAUUGAAGGUGUUCUCAAGAACCCUGGGACGCGUUUAUCCUUCAAAUCCAGUUCCUGACAUUCAAGAUGCCAAUCUGUGUGGUACAUACCAGCGUCAAGGAUGAAGACAUCCCUGAGGGUUUUGAAAAAGGUAUGGCUGAAAAAGUUGCAGAAGUUCUGCUGAAACCUUUAACAAACGUGACUGUAAUAGUGCAUGGUGGAUGUCGGCUAUACCGGAAAGAGACCACCCUCCCAAGUUGUGUAGUACAGCUGUACUCUAUUGGGGUGUUUGAUGCUGCCAGGAACCCGACUUACACCCCUCCUCUUAUAGAAUUCAUUCGAUCUCAGCUUAAACUAGCAGAAAACAGAGUCGUGAUACAUUAUCGUGAGGCAGAGAAAUACCAGUUUGGACAGUAGAAAAUAUUAUUGUAAUCCAUGACCUUGUGGUUUAUAGGAAUAACUGUAUAUUCAUUAUGAAUUAUAAUCCGUACAAGGCAGACAUUGAUUGAAUUUUAUUUAUGAUAUGAACAUUGAUUUGGUGCUCAAAAAAAUGAAAUGUGAUUUUUGUCUCUUCGUACUUUAUAUCAAAGUAAAUUCAAACCAAGAUGUUUUUGUUAUGUACUGUGUUUAGACGCAUCCUGCUUUUUGUAAUAUUCUGUUAUAUUCGGUGUUAUAUUCACUAAUAUUCUGUUAUAUUCGGUGUUAUAUUCACUAAUAUUCUGUUAUAUUCGGUGUUAUAUUCACUAAUAUUCUGUUAUAUUCGGUGUUAUAUUCACUAAUAUUCUGUUAUAUUCGGUGUUAUGUUCACUAAUAUUCUGUUAUAUUCUGUUAUAUGGCGAAAUUUAGCCACACCAUUUUCAAAACUAACAAAUUAAGAUAUUUUGCUCUGUGCUUGUAUCUAUGGUUCCACCCAAUAUAUCUAGAAAUCUAAACAUCUAGAAUUCUUUUGUUCUGUUCUGUUAUAAUGAGAAUUUGUGCGAGAUUUAGUCCCACCUUAAUCAUCAACAAAUCAUGACAGAUGUUUUGUUCUAUUCGUUUAUAUUUGAGAUUAUUUGCGGGUUGUGUCGAGCCCCAAUUAUAAAAGCAUCUUGUACAAACACCUGAUGAUGUACAAAGAUAAAGACAAGCCAAGUUCCAGUUUUUUAUGAGGCGUAUUUAUCGACCAUUAACCUGUAGUGUAGUAAGCUAUAUAAAAUAUUAAUAUAUU